UUGCAGCACCGCGGCCGCGCACUCAGCCUGCCCCAGACCGAGGUUAGGCGAAGCCGCGAAGGCUGCUGCGAGGCUGCGCUAGCUGAGCGCGCUGGGAGGCGGCGAUCACAGCUGGGCUGGGACUUCCUUCCUCCACCGCAGGACAACAAACAAGCGCCUGCAGGCACUGAGCUCUCGGCGGCUGCCUGGGCGAGAGGCGCAGCGAUGGGCUCCGUGCUGAGCAGUGACAGCGGCAAGUCUGCGCCCUCCUCUGCCACCCCUCGGGCCCUGGAACGCAAGGGGGACCCGGAGCUGCCCGUCACGUCCUUCGACUGCUCGGUGUGCCUUGAGGUGUUGCACCAGCCUGUCCGGACUCGCUGUGGCCACGUAUUCUGCCGUUCCUGUAUUGCUACCAGUCUAAAGAACAAUAAGUGGACCUGUCCUUAUUGCCGGGCAUAUCUGCCUUCAGAAGGAGUUCCAGCAACUGAUGUAGCCAAGAGAAUGAAAUCAGAAUAUCAGAACUGCACUGAGUGUGACACCCUGGUUUGCCUCAGUGAGAUGAGAGCGCACAUAAGGACUUGUCAGAAGUACAUUGAUAAGUAUGGACCACUACAAGAACUUGUGGAGACAGCAACAAGGUGUGUAUGUCCAUUUUGUCAGAGGGAGUUGGAUGAAGACAGCCUGCUGGAUCAUUGUAUUACUCAUCACAGAUCAGAAAGGAGGCCUGUGUUCUGUCCACUUUGCCGUUUAAUACCUAACGAGAAUGCAAACAGCUUUAAUGGCAGUUUAAUAAGACAUUUGCAAGUUAGUCACACUUUGUUUUAUGAUGAUUUCAUAGAUUUUAAUAUAAUUGAGGAAGCUCUCAUCCGAAGAGUCUUGGACCGGUCUCUUCUUGAAUAUGUGAAUCACUCAAGCACCACAUAAUUUUAUUAAAGGGAAAGGGAAGUGGACCAUUUAGUUGCACCAUUUAAGAUGCUGCUUGACAAGUGGAGAGAAACUGUCAAUGUUUGAUGGGCAAAAUGUACAACACAGUUAUAUGUUUGCCCAUGUUUAUUGUUAUUUCACAUUUAAAAUUGCUUUCAUUUUGAUGGUUUCAAUAUAUUUUACAUUCUUGAGUUUCUUAGAGAUAUAAUAACAAAAAUAUAUUCUUAGAUAUAUAAUAACAAAAAAUAGUCUCCUACACUAUUUAAUACAUGGAAGAGACACAGGCUCGGUGUGUGAUGGAGAAUUUGUUUGCAAAUUGGAUGCCAUUAUGUAUAAUGCCACAUAUUAAUAAGUACCAUCAUGGUUAGGCAAGAAAACUGUGUGUGUUCCAUAUAAAAAGAUGAGAAGUGAAACUGUGAACAUUCAAGGAAAUACAAAAUCUGUUCCAAUGCUCUUUUUCUACGGUCCAGUAGGAUAACAUGAAUAAUCUUGGAUGGGAGUAGGAAAGGAAAAUUUUAGAAGUCAACAAAGACUAUUUAACCAAAUUAUAUAAUAUUGCAACACAACAAAUUUUGUGUUAGAAAUGUGUACUUAAUUCUUUACUUUUUAUAACUAUGCACACAUAAGAAUUUAUUUUUUUCAAAUAUUUGUAGCUUACUAUCUAGAAAUAUUUCUAUAAUAUAGACAAUUACUUAAGAAUCAUUAUCUGGUAUUUACAGAAGUAUUUACAUACAUAAUUGUGGAAAACCCUAAGGGCUUUUUUAUUUUAAUCUUUUAAAAAGUUAUAAAACACAAAUACUGAAAACCAGACACAAAAGUUAGAGCUUAACAUAUAAUUAUAGAAAAUAUUCUAAAAUUUUCUUCUAUAUUUUUGCCUGUCACCUGUGUGUCCUGUCAUAAUUAAAACUCCACAAAAAAAACCACUAUACUAAUUUCAACAGUAAUUACUUCCUCACAAUUCUUUAUUAUUUUAUCUCCCAAGUCCCUAUUUCAAUAUUUUAAUCUUACCCAUUUAAAAUUAUUUUAUUAAAUAUUUUAUACUUCUUAUUAAUUUACAGAUUCCCCUUCUUCUUUCCUUUACCUGAAGAACCUAGAGAGAUUCCCACAGUCUGUAUUUGCUGACUGUACACUCAUGGAGCAAUUCAGCAUAUUCUUCUGUCCUCUGGAUAUUGGCACUUGGAUCCAGAGGUUUGAGCAGACUUAGAUUCAGUCUUUUGGGCAAGACUGUAAGUCAUGGUUGUGUUCUUUCAUCAGAAGGCAUAUAAUGUUUAAUUCUUUUUGUGACAUUAGCUGAAAUUGAUACUUAAUGCCUAAAUCCAUCAUUCAUUUUGGUUUGAAGAAUAUUCUACAUCAUUUCUUUUUCCUAUAUUAGUGGGAAUUUUUUUUUUUUUAUUUGACAAGUAGAGUCAUAGACAGUGAAAGAGAGAGACAGAGAGAAAGGUCCUCCCUCCGUUGGUUCACUCCCCAAAUGGCCACCAUGGACAGUGCUGCGCCGAUCCAAAGCCAGAAGCCAGGUACGUCUUCCCGGUCUCCCAUGCGGGUGCAGGAGCCCAAACACCUGGGUCAUCCUCCACUGCCCUCCCGGGCCAUAGCAGAGAGCUGGACUGGAAGAGGAGCAACUGGGACUAGAACCUGGCGCCCACAUGGGAUGCCGGCGCUGCAGGCAGAGGACUAACCAAGUGAGCCAUGGCGCCAGCCCUGUGGGAACAUUUUUAUUAAAGGACACUUUCCCACAUUUGCUAUUUUGUUAACUAGUGGUAGACUAUAUAGGAGAGGAAAAUGAACAUUUAACUUCUUUCUUUUACCAGUUUUCAGAUAAUAAACUUGCUUCCCAUCAUCUUUCAUUAAAGUAUUAUUAAAUCUUGGAUUUAAACAUAUUUGAUGGGAUUCAGUCCAUUACAAAUAUUACUUUAUAGAAGUUCAGACUGUCUCAUCUUGACAAAGAAUGACAGCCUCAUUAAGUUUGCUCUGAGUCCUUUUGACAGUAGACUAGCAGCCUUUAAUAGGUUCCUUGCUAUCUUAUAUGACAAGAUGCUCCACGUUCAACCUGCACAUUUCCUGCCACAGACCUGGAAUCUACUAUUUUUCUAAGAAACCUGGUUUCUUUCAGGGAUAAACCAUGUUUCAAAAUCACAAUUUGAUGUCUAAGGAUGUGUAUACACUUCAAGAAUUUCCUUUGAUAAUUGUAGGUUACUACAGGGUUUUAACCUAUCCUUUCUGUUACAACUGUUUCUCUGUUCUUCUAUCCUGAAAAUUUAGGCUUUCAGGGACACACAGGCAUGAUCAAAUUAGAAUAUCCUACACUACUUUUUCCUUUAUUUACCUUGUGCAUACACCAUCUCAGAAUAAAAGUACUAACACAACCAUAACCAAUAUGAUAACCAAAACAAUCAAAAUUUUUUCAUUUGCUUUCUCCUUUUUUUUGUUUUUAUUGGUUUACUAUGUUGACAUUUUCAUGACAUAUUGCUAUAACAUACUACAGUUUCUCCAUUUUAUCCCUACAUUUGUUCUUAGUUCUUUGAAUAACAAUAUAUUGAACAUUUGCCACCAGUUUUUAUUUGAUGUCUGUUUUUCAUAUCUGACUCUAAUGACAAAUUUAGGACAUGAAGCAAAUAAAGUUAUGAGGACUACUGCUAUUAACUCCUGUUAAUAAACUGCUACCUCCCCAGAGUUCAUUUUUUUAAUUGAAAUCACUUGUAAACUCCCUUGUUACACAUAAACUAAAUCAUUAUCAGGGUCAACGUUGUGGUGCAGUGGGAUAAGCUGCCUCUUGCAACACCUAUAUCCUGUAUCAGAGUGCUGGUUAGAGUCCAGAUGCUCAGGUUCCCAUUCAGCUUCCUUCUAAUGAGUUUGGAAGGCAGUGGAUGAUGGUCCAAGUACUUGAGCCCUGGCCACACAUGUGGCUGACCUGGAUGGGGCUCCUUGCUCAGCUUGGCCCAGCCCUGGCUGCUGCUGCCAUUUGGAGAGUGAACCAGCAGAUGGAAGCUGUCUCUCUCUCUGUAAUUCUGCCUUCCAAAUAAAUAAAUAAAUAUUUUGUAAAAAUAUAUGUACAUAUAGUAAUUAUCAUGGUGCCCCCAAAUUUUCUGUACUAAGUUAUCCAUAACUUCUUAAAAGUCUUGGUACUAUUCUCCUAUACAGUACAAGGCAAUUGAGAAAAAUGUAAAGCUGACUGAAAUCUGGACAGCUUCAUAGCCUCUCUUUUAUUACUUUUUAAAAAAGAUUAAUUUACUUUUUAAAAAAAGAUUUAUUUAUUUGAAAGGCAGUUACAGAGAGGGAGGCAGAGACAGAUUAGUUCACUCCCCAAAUGGCCACAAUGGCCAGGCCAAAGCCAGGAGCCUCAUCUGGGUCUCCUAUGUGGGUGCAGAGGUCCACACAUUUGGGCCAUCUUCUGUUGCUUUCCCAGGCACUUUAGCAAGGAGCUGGACUGGCAGUAGAACAGCUAACACUCAAACCUGCUGCGCCACAACACUGGUCCCCAUGACCUCCCUUUAAGAUAGGCAUUGGUUUCAAGCUUCCUUUUCACAGUUGAUAAGAAGUAACAACAGAUUUUCAGUUUCACAACCUCUUUUACUCCAAUUUGAAUGGAUCACACAAUAGAGCAAAACCUGUUGGACAACAGGAGCAAGAGAGGAGGAAUGCUUUAGAAAAAAAUCAUUGGACUGAAAAUCUAGCCCCUGAAAAACAGAAGAAUUAUGUCUAAGCAUUAGUACUGAAUAUGCAGACCAGAGCAAUAGAAAAGACAUCUUUUGAUUGUAAAUUUUAAAAAAAAUGUUAAAACUUUGAAAACAGUAUUUCAAGUAAAGCUUUAAGUCAUUUACCACUAUUAAUCUCAAUACAGUAAUUUGGAUCCUGUCCCUAGAUUCCUUUUUUGAUAAUUUUGCCACCUACAAGACAAAUUAGGUGCUGGCCACCUGAAUCAUUUUAUGUUCUGAAUCAUCUUGAGUUCUAAAAUGGUGAACUGAAAAUACUGUUUCACUGUGCCUUUAGCUUUUAAUAAAAAGGACUUUUUUUUAACUUAUUGUUUUAAAAAAUGAAAGCCAAUAUUCGAAGCUGUUGACUACCAAUAAAAAGUUUCACUCACUUUAUAGUGCCUCAGGAUAUACUUUUUCAAGGCCUUAUAAGGGAAAAAUGAAUUUACAUUACCCUUCUAAAGCUAAAUUCCUUCUAAUGCACAAAACCUGUGAGGAUUUCCUUUUCAUAUAUUUCUUCCAAAGUUUCUAAAAUGUGUACGGAAAAAAAUAGAUUGAUUGUAAAUCAAUGGUAAAGUUAGGGACCCUGGUCAGAUCUUCUAAGAGUUCCUAUCUCCAGUAAUGUUGCUUCAUUACUUUUACUGGGUGCUAAGUGUCUUUCAUUUUGAAGUGAGCUUACUCAAUUAUGGAAUGUUUAUGAUAUCUUAUAUCCUCAAACAUUGAAGAUAUUUUCAGAAGUACUGAGAUUCAUUCUUUCAUUAUUCAAGCAUAAAAAUCUAUAUAAUGAUCACAAUUUAAAAUGUACAAUACUUUUUCUUCUGUAAAUAUGUGUUAUUAUGAGAAAUAAAGAA